AUGUCUAAACGUCCAGUGCCUAGUGGCUAUAAUCAUUCAUUACCGAUUGGCAGUGGGUUGAGCGCACAUCAAACACUUAAUAUGAAUUAUGCUAUGGGUCUGUUACCAAAUUCUUCAUCGGUUGUACAACAACCUUGUGUUUCGCCAAUCGUUGCUAAUACAAGUACUCCUAUUGCAGUUAUGAAUCCUACCGCUACCGCGCUUACAGCAAAUCCGAACACAACCCCACGAUUAAACUUCCCACAGAAUUUUCAUUAUCAACUCGCAGCUAUGCAAGCUCAAGCAAAAGUUCAACAAAAUGCCCCAGCAAAUCAUGCUCAACUGUUGCAGCAAAUGCAAGUUGCACAAGAGCAAACAAAUGCAAUCGCAAGAGCACAAGUUGAAACGCAAGCACAACUAGCAUGUGCCCGUGCCGAAGCUCAAGCUAGAGUGCAGGCUCAUGCUCAAGCACAAGCACGCGCUCAAGCUCAAGCUGAAGCGCAAGCCAAUCAAGCUCAAGCUUUCCAACAAUCGCAGCAACAAGCUGCUGCCCUCGCUCAGCAACGUUCACUAAUUAGUGGAGCAGUUACUACCGCUCAUGAAUACUAUUAUGCUCAUGCUCAACGAACUGCAACUAAUUUGCCCGAAUAUUUAGCUCGACUUGCUGCACAACAACACACAAAUACUGUUCCUCAACCAACGAAAGGCCAACCAUCUCUUUUUGUUCCUACAAGCGAGCAAAUGCGAUUGCAUCAGCAACAAAUUUUCCAAAAUAACGCUACCCUUCAACAACAGCAACAGAUACAUUCGCAACAACAGCAAAUACAGUUGGCUGCAGCAGCAGCAGCAGUAGCAGCAGCAUCCACAUCCCAAAGGCAACAAGAAUCUUCAAGCAUUAAUUCUAUACCACAGCGUUUAUCCAUACUAAAUACUACUAAUCCUCAAUUAUCUCCUCAAUUAUCUCACUCAUCAACUCAGUAUACUUCGCUACCAUCAACAUCAACAACAAGUAAUAAUUCCGUGGUAGCAAAUGUUCAUUGUAAUCCGGCAAUGGGGCCACAUGAGGACAAAAGGUAUCAUGAUUUUCUUGUUAGCGUUAUACAACUUGAAAAGCAAAUUGCUGAAAAUUUAGCAACAGCAGCAGUGAAUUUAAUGUCAGAGAAAAAUACACAGGUUCAAUCAUCAUCCUCAACAUCCUCAACAAUUCAUCCAUCCUCUAUUCCUUCGUCAUCAUCAGAAAAUGUUCCACAGCAUCAUUCACUAUUACAGUCUAAAAUACAAUAA